AGUUGGGGGAGAUAAACUAACUUAUACGGUCGUUACAUUUUAUCCUCUUCACUCUCAGUUCCCCCGACUAAGAUUCUCCCUUCCUUAGCUUCAAAAUCUCCACUAAUGGAGGUUCUCAACCACUGCUUAACCACCAAACCAUAUUUUCAUAAACCCUUUUCUCGUAAGCCUCCAUUUUUAGACUCCAACCUCAAAAUCACCUUCUUUCUCCCUACUUCUCGUUUUCAUUGUAACUCCAAGAAGAGACCUUUUUCCUUCACCGUUAUCUCUUGCAGGCAUAGAAGUUCUCAAGAUAACAAGAAGAACCAGAACCCUAUAACCAAGAAGAUUAUACUUUCCGAAGUAGCACCGCCACCGCUGGCAACCGAGAAUGAGGAAGUUCCGGGAAAUCCUGGCCCCGGUAAUAAGAAUGGGGUCUUGAGCUUUGCCAAGAGAAUUCCCAGGAAGGUUUUGGCUGUUUUGUCUAAUCUUCCUCUUGCUAUUGGCGAGAUGUUCACUGUCGCUAUUCUCAUGGCUAUUGGAACUGUCAUUGAUCAAGGUGAGGCCCCAGAUUUCUAUUUCCAGAAAUACCCAGAAGACAACCCUGUGCUGGGAUUCUUCACAUGGAGAUGGGUUCUUACUCUUGGGUUUGAUCACAUGUUCUCCUCUCCUGUUUUUCUUGGUACACUAACUCUCCUUGGGGCAUCACUAAUGGCAUGUACUUACACAACGCAGAUUCCCCUUGUCAAAGUUGCUAGAAGAUGGAAAUUUAUGGAUUCUGCUGAGGCUGUUCGUAAGCAGGAGUUUUCUGACACUCUUCCAAGAGCAUCAGUUCAAGAUUUAGGUGUCAUUCUGAUGGGAGCUGGAUAUGAGGUAUUCUUGAAGGGCCCAUCCUUGUAUGCCUUUAGGGGCCUGGCUGGCCGGUUUGCUCCUAUUGGAGUUCAUAUAGCAAUGCUACUAAUAAUGGCAGGUGGAACUCUAAGUGCAGCUGGGAGCUUCAAAGGAACAGUCACAGUGCCGCAGGGGCUGAAUUUUGUGGUCGGAGAUGUACUAGGCCCAACUGGGUUUCUCUCUACUCCAACUGAGGCUUUUAAUACAGAAGUUCAUGUCAAUAGAUUCUACAUGGAUUUCUAUGACAGUGGGGAGGUAUCACAGUUUCACACUGACCUUUCACUAUAUAGUCUUGAUGGAAAGGAAGUCCUGAGGAAAACGAUUAGUGUAAAUGACCCUUUAAGGUACGAAGGGAUCACUAUAUACCAGACCGAUUGGAGUUUUUCAGCACUGCAAAUAAUUAAGGAUGAUGAAGGGCCCUUUAAUUUGGCUAUGGCACCUCUUCAGAUAAAUGGAGACAAAAAACUAUAUGGAACCUUCUUACCAGUAGGAGAUGCUAAUUCUCCUAAUGUCAAGGGAAUAUCAAUGCUUGCUCGUGAUCUACAAUCCAUUGUCUUGUAUGAUCAAGAAGGAAAAUUUGUUGGAGUUCGAAGACCAAACUCGAAACUUCCAAUCGAUAUUAAUGGAACUAAGAUUCUUAUAGUUGAUGCAAUAGGGAGUAGUGGCCUCAACUUGAAGACUGAUCCUGGGGUGCCAAUUGUGUAUGCCGGAUUUGGUGCUUUGAUGCUCACUACUUGCAUUAGUUAUUUGUCUCAUGCACAGAUAUGGGCAUUGCAAGAUGGAACAUCUGUGGUUGUGGGAGCAAAGACCAACAGAGCAAAAGCUGAAUUUCCAGACGACAUGAAUCGGUUGCUUGAUCAGCUUCCAGAAUUAGUUGAAUCAUCUCCGGCCAAGUAAUUUGGUCUUGUCUCUUAUACUACUGAUAAAGAACAAAAACUACUUGGCGGAGGAUGCUAGCUAGCUUUCAUUUGGAAUUUUGUUUGAGGUAAAAGGGAUCCAAAUAUAGUCACAAAUCAAUUUGAUUGCUUAGAUAAUCGACAAGUAAACAGUUACUGUUCUGAAAUUUUGUAUUAUUGUAACCAGGAGUAUUCUCCUAGUAUUAGGACGAUGAUAUUUAUUACCAGCUACAUAUGCAACUCACCGUUGUAAGUUGUAAUUACCAUACAAAGUGAAUACUUGAAAAGCAUAAUAUACCAGUAUAUUUUUGGUAAA